AUGAGUAAGGAACUAAAGGGAAAUAUACGUAUCCUAACGCUUGUCAACGACAGUUCUAUUUUUCUCAACAAAACUGUGAACUCGUCUGCAUUCAGCUACCAGCUGGCACCCCUCAUCCCUGGCCACACCUACUCAAUCAGCCUAUUGGCUCUAUCCAAGAUGGGGGCGGGGCCAUCGUCACAACCAAUAAGACUUCAGACAGACCCAGCCCUGCUCAAUCCUUUAGCCAAUCGGCAUGCUGGAUCCGAGGGUGUGGUCCGUGAAGCGUGGUUCAUCGUGUUAGUGGGCGGAGCAAUGUUCUUCCUGCUGUUGGUGUUUGUGGUUCUGCUGUACAUAAGGAGGUACCACAACAAGGCAUCGAAACUCCCAACAUUAAAUGGUUCUGUGACGAAGACCAGCAACUUGGCCAACUUCUACGGCGGCGAGAACCUGUGGCCGGAGAGCGGGUGGAAGCCUUCGGACGGAGACAAACCUGAGGCUAAGGUCGUCAACGGCAGCGGCAGCGGCGCCCAAGACCUGCUGGCGUCGCUGGCUCCUGAGUACGCGGAAAUCGACUCACUGGGGACCUUCACCUCCGGAAAGAAGAGCGAGAUGGAUAUCAGCGCUGAGGCCUAUGCUUCCGCUUCCGUCUUGGCCGCCUGCAAUAACCGCAAGAAUAAGGUAUCCGAGAAGUUCAUGUCAUUACCCCAGUGUGUACCUCUCCUGAAGGGCUCUCACCAUCACCAUCACCACCACCAGGGAAAACACGACGAUAACUUCAGCUCCCAGCUCUCCCAGGAUAUGCUCAACAAUACGGACAGCGACGACAAAUCAAUGGCGGAAUCCAAACGUCCCUUCUUCAUCGAAACGUCCUCUCCCGCUCUCGUGGGCUCCUCCAGCCUCUCGUUCACGGGCGGAGGCGGACCCAGGCUCACUUCAACGCCCAGAGGAGCCCUCAGCACCACCCUCGCCCAUCACAUGGCCCGCCACGGCCCCGUCAAGGGCGCCUCCCCCUACAGCGUCAAUCCUUUCACCUCACAGCCGCAUCUUCUGCACAAGGGCGUGACGCUGACCCUCCGUGACCUCGUACCCCCGCCCCCUCCCAACCCCCCACCUGAUUCCCACCGGCACCGCGAGUUCUUCAGGACAAACACCUUGGAGGAACUCCCGUACGCGUGCUACUCUGCGACGCGCGUGGCCUCCCCCCGCCCCUCCCGCACCGCCAGCCUCGAGGGGGGCGGCUCCCCCUACGGCGGCUCGACGAACACCUACCAGAGCAUCGAGGGCCUCACCGACGCCAUGCGCCGCGACGACGAGGGGCGCUGUUGCUCCUGCAGCCACAACCAGUGCCACAGCCACCACUCCCACUCCCACUCCCACUCGCACUCCCACAACCACUCGCACUCCCACAACCACGGCCGCUGCAGCACGUGCGGCUCUCGCAACUCGUCGUCGUCGUCGUCGUGUCGGCGGAACAGCAGUCGCGCGAGUCGCUGCAGCCACUCGCGGUCGGUGCGAGCCUCGGGCGGGUCGCUCUACUCGCUCUCGCGCCCGUGCUGCCACGAGCCCACCCGCGUCGCGCCCUUCGACGCCGGCGCCCCCGUCAUGCCCACGCACUCGUAUCGCCCCAACUUCUACGGCUGGAGCUCGCCGCCGGGCUCCCCCGCGCUCGAGGACAGCCGCAUGGGCCCGCGGCGCCAGAUCUCCCUCGAAAGCGACGCUCUGCUGCGGACGGACCCCAGCCAGGUGUACGGUGGCGGCUCCGUCCGCUCCGACGGCGACUACUGGUGCAGCCGCGAUGCCGGCAGCGUCUACGGCGGUCGACGCGGUCGGCGGGCGGCGAGACGGGAGGAGAGGCCGGCGGCGAGGGCGGCGGCGGAGGCUCGAGGACAGGCCAGGCGGGAACGUCGCCCGACUCGAGCGCGGUGGACGGCGCCCCGAGCGACGCGGUGUCCUGCGGCUCCUGCGAGGACACGGACGCCUCCUUCUACGCCACGUGCGACAAGCAGACCAAGCUAUAAGGCCGUCCGGACUCGUAGGAAGUGAGUCCAGUCCCGAGGGAGGCGGCGCAGAGGAGGCGUCGUGGCCAGGCCGUCUCCGCGCCUCGCUAUAGUUCUUGAGCUUUCAUGUUUGCUCUCAGAGACACAGGCAAAGUGUAGUGCUAAUUAUAGUGAGACUUUAGCCAAGCCGAGUGUUGCAUAGUAUUGUAUCUCUAGGGAUCUAGGGACUGAACUCGAUCCACCAAGUCUAAAACUUUGGCCAGAGAACGAGAAGGAGGAGGAGAAGGAGACGAACGAGCGACCUCAUCGGCCCGGUGACGCCAGGAAUACCUCACACUUGGUAGAUGAGACAAACUUACAAUUGUACAUUAUAGUCUUUUUUCCAGAAACGGUGCAAGAUACUCUUCUAUGUUGCUGGUGUGUGAGUGGACUUGUCAAUAGGUAUUAUACAGCUAUGUUAACCUUUAAGACAGUCCCAAUCUCUUCGUGGUUUCUCGAGAAGAUGGGACGAGGAAACCUGAAAUAAAGCUCACGAUUAUACGUUGGUAUUCCAUGGAGUGAGACCCAGACUCUCCUCGUGAAGUGAAGUAGAUAUAUAUUUAUCAUUUUUAAAGUAUAACUGAUAUAGCAUCUUUUUUGUUUGAUAUUGACAGAGUUUUAUUGGCUAUGUGUCUGCGAGUGCAUUUUCUUAGAUGUUCCACUAUGAAAAAUAAUAAUUUGGAUGUGUAGUUACAAGGGAGACUCUUCUUCAACACCGCGGUGAAAAUAGUUUCCCUUUACAUCAGAAAAAAAAUAAUAUAUAAACUUUUUCUUACAUCCAGAGAAACGUGUUCCGUCAGUCAUCACGAAGUAAAUGACUUCCUCUGGUGAAGAACGUAAGAUAAAACUCAGCAGACAUUAUCUCUCUUUUUUCCAACAAGAGAGAAAAGAAAAAAGAAAAAUAUCCAAGAAAGUAAUGAAGGGAAAGAAAAUUGUUCCCAGGGAGAAUACAUUCAGAAAAAAAUAAAACGUAGAUUUUUUUUUUUUUUUCUUUUUCUUGUGUGUUUUUUUUAAUACUCUCUUUGAGUAGGAACUGUACCUUUUGGUAUGGCAUGAGGACUCCCUGAACUCCUAUAAGACUUUAGGGGAUAUAACACCAUUGUAUUCAUUAAUUAUUUGUAUGCGUGUUACUUCAGAGUGCCAAGCGUGUGUGAGGAAACAAGCGUCAGAAAAAUGAACAGCUUCCACUUGUCUGUUUGCAAAGAAAGAGGAAAGACAACAUCGACUGUGAAAAUAAAUGGAUUCAAACAGGGUGAAGGCAACUGAAUUCAAAUUCUAGCGGGGAUGUGUAAAUAGUUUAUCCUUUCCGUUCAGUUUAUUUAUUUUCCAUUGGCAUUCCGUAGACAUGCAAAUCUAAAUAUACCAUUUCGCGUAGUAGAUACACACGAUAAAAAAAUUAAAAUGUGCCAAAUAUAGACGAAAUAUUUUCAUAUGGUUUCAGUAUCAUUAGAGAAGCGAAUUUCCAGGGCGUCAUUUUUCCAGGAUCUGCUCCCCCCUCCUUCAAAAAAAAUAAAAUAAAAUAUUUUUCUCGUGUUAUUCUUCCGAGAUCUGAGUGUUUGUGACCGGUAAGCCUAUCAUACUCUAUUCUCUUCGAUGAUAAUGACUUGCUUUACAGUGUAACAUAACGGUGUAAUAAAGAGAUAUAACCAGUUUAGUCCUGUAAAGUACCUAUUGUUAUAUCUCUUUUGGGAUGAUUUUAGACAUCCCUGAAUGAUUGGAAGCAAACUCGGUGUAUUUUGAAAGCAGAGGGAAAUAAGAAAAAAGGUAGACAUAAACAUACAUUAAACAUCCCACGAAAAUAAAUGUAAAAUAGAAAAAAAAGAAAUAGAAAAAUGUUGAAAAUAUAUAACAGCUCUCUGAAAGCUUGUUGAUUUUUUUUUCUUUUUUUUUUUUGGAACACUAGAUCUAUGAGAAUCUUAGGAUGUAUAUGUUGGAUCAAAUUUUAGCCCGUAGGAAUUUUGAUAUAUCAUACCUUGAAUUUGGAGAGAUAAGGUUAAUAAAAAAUGAGGUAUUUCUAGUCAAAAACGGGAACGGGGGGGAAAUAUCUUUACUUCUAGGGGGGGAAAAAAUACAUUCGUUUGUCGACAUGUUUUAUACAGUGAAUGUGUACUUCUGGUACCCCCUCUCCCCCCUUAGACUCGUGUUUUUGUGUGAUUUAAGCAUUUAGUGUGACAGUUUGAGUGGCACCAGGUCGAUUAAGGGAAUAUUUUAAAAAAAGCUUUUGUAAAUAACGAAACAUAAGUUAUGUAAAUGAACUACCCAUUUCAAUCAACUGUUUAUUAUUUUCUUCUUCCUUUCAUUCCUUACAGAGUGACUGUAGAUCUAAUCCAUUUGACAGGUGACUGUUAAUGUUGUUUCAGGCAUUCGCUAAAGGAGGUCGGUAUUGUACUUAAAUAUGUAAACGUGCUAAGAUGGAGACAGUACCAUGUCGGAGAGUGAAGCUCGAAUUUCCCUUUUUUUUUUUU